CUGUUUUAUUAGUAUUUCUUCCUUUUUCUCCCUGUGUUCUGUUCCAACAUAUAUGCUCUGUCGUGUCGGAAAAACAUUACAUUUCAACGCAUGAAACGGGUUGUUUUCAAUUCUUCUUCUUCUGCUUCGUAGUUUCGGUCUUCUUCUUCUUUUCUGAUAAAACCCAAAGCUGAGAAACUUGGGAUUUAUCGAAUACUUUGGAGCUAUGGAGAGGGGAACUGCCGUUGUUGCCUCGAGGAAGUCUACGAUGGAGAGGCCGUACAAAGGGAUAAGGAUGAGGAAGUGGGGGAAAUGGGUGGCCGAGAUUAGGGAACCGAACAAGCGGUCCAGGAUUUGGUUGGGGUCUUAUUCGACGCCUGUCGCGGCGGCUCGAGCUUAUGACACGGCGGUUUUUUACUUGCGUGGACCCUCGGCUAGGUUGAAUUUUCCCGACCUUUUGGCGGGUGAAAAAUUCUGCGGCGGCGGAGGCGAUUUGUCGGCUGCUUCUAUAAGGAAAAAGGCUAUCGAAGUUGGUGCUAGAGUUGAUGCUCUUGAGGCAGCUCACCAUCACCACCACCACCAACUUCGUAAUUAUAGUCACGGUUAUGACGACGAGUUUAAGCCAACUACUGGCGGGUUUUUACAUCGGAUUGACUUGAACAAGAUGCCCGACCCGGAAGAUUUGGAUGUUGAAUGGGAAAGGAAAUAGCAAGGGGGAUGGGGGAACGGAAGUUGAUGGAAUCAUGAUCCUCCAUCUUUUAUUAUUACAAAGUUGUAAUUUUUGGUCCGUCGCCUUUGGCGGCUGUCCCGAAAGAGAAAGGGAGGUUGAAAGGGGGUGAUUGCUGAACUGCACCGAGUGCAAUCCCUAUCGUGCACAGUGUAGUGGAGGUAAGUCUACUGACUUUGAAAGAAUGAAGAAGACUUUUGUAUUAAUUAUUAUUUUUUUAAUGGAAAAUCACCUCUUUUUUAUUUCA